AUGUCCUUUCAGGCUUGCCGUAGGUUAAUGAUCUGCUUCAGGUACCUGAGUGUCGGUCAAAGUUUAGUUAACCUGCUGCUGACUGCUUCUGAGCGGCUGAAACCUUCACAUUUCUCCACAAUGACAGCACGAAAUAUAUCUCGGUUUUGGGAAUGGGGGAGGAAGAUAAUUUGUGUUGGGAGAAACUAUGCAGACCACGCCAAAGAGCUGAAAAAUGCGAUUCCUUCAGAGCCCGUCCUGUUCCUGAAGACACCUUCUUCAUAUGUAAGAGAGGGCUCCCCUGUCCUGGUGCCCCUGUACACCAGCAACCUGCACCACGAAGUGGAGUUAGGAGUGGUCAUCGGGAAAGGUGGCACGGCCAUCCCUCAGUCCUCAGCUAUGGAUCAUGUUGCAGGCUACGCUCUGUGCUUGGACAUGACUGCCCGGGACAUCCAGGACGAGUGUAAGUCCAAGGGUCUGCCCUGGACCCUGGCCAAAGCUUUCAACACCUCCUGCCCCGUCAGUGAGUUCAUCCCCAAAGAGCGCAUCCCUGACCCGGCUAACGUGAAGCUGUGGCUGAAGGUGAACGACCAGCUGCGGCAGAGCGGCUGCACCUCCCAGAUGAUUUUCUCCAUCCCCUAUCUCAUCAGCUACAUCAGCGACUUCAUCACCCUGGAGGAGGGGGAUCUCAUUCUCACCGGGACCCCUAAAGGAGUCUCCGCCGUGCAGGAGCACGAUGAGCUGCAGGCUGGGAUCGAGGGCGUCGUCACCAUGAGCUUCAGAGUAGACAGACAAGAUCAGUAUUGAAAACAAAAGACACUAAUGAGGCCUAAUAAAUACCCAGACUCAUGAAGAGGGAGUGUUUUUACUGGAGAGUUGAAUAUAAUUAUUUGAAAUAUAUUUUCAGUAUAUGUGUGGAUCAGCAGAUGGCAGUGCUGUGCCAUCAACACCAUGUUUCUGAUGAAUUGUAUGCUGCCUUGUACAGUACUCGAGAAUAAGUUUGCAAAACACAGUUGACUGAUCUCAGCAAUAUGAGUGCACUUAUGAUCUGUUUUACUGUAUUAUCUACUUAAACCAGGGAUAUGAAAAUCAUUCAUCA